GGCAUAGGGUGUGAUGGGAGGGGUGUAGAGAAAUACAGUGUUGGUUCCCUGUCUCUUUGUGACACACUCUGUGCCUCCUACAAAGAAGACGCCACAAUGACUGAUCCAAACAAGUCUUCUUUUAUUCUAGACUUUGGCUCUAUUUAUGACGAACUCAACUUUACUUAUAAUGACACCGAUUUCAACUUAAACCCCGAGACGCAGCCCUGCGACACAUUCCGCAUCCCAGAUGCCGUGAUCGUCGUCGUCGGCGUGUUUUACGUCCUCGUCUUUCUGCUGGCCCUUCCUGGGAAUCUGGUGGUGGGGCUGGUGAUCGGCCUGAGCAAGCGGUCGCUGCCCCCCUCUGACCUGUACCUCCUCCACCUGGCCGUUGCCGACAUCCUGCUGACCGUUACGCUCCCAUUCUGGGCCACCUCUGUCACCAAGGGUUGGGUGUUUGGAGACGCCAUGUGCAAAAUCGUCACCAUCCUCCAAGAGCUGAGCUUCUACUCCAGCAUUCUCUUCCUGACCUGCAUUAGUAUUGACCGUUACAUGGUGAUCGUGAGAGCUACGGAGGCCCGCAGGGCUAACAGACAGCAAGUCAGCUGGGGAGUUUGUGCUGCCGUCUGGAGUGUUGGCGCUCUCCUGUCUCUGCCGGGGCUUCUGAAUUCUUCUUUUAAAUCCCAAAGCUCCAGCAUGAUAUUGUGCGCUGAACAGUACGAUCCCGGCCAUGCCGACGCGUGGCGGCUGGCCACCAGAAUUCUUCGCCAGACUUUGGGGUUUUUAAUCCCCUUGGCCAUCAUGCUGCCCUGUUACGGAGUAACCAUCAAGCGCCUCCUUCACAUCCGUGGGGGAUUUCAGCGGCAGCGAGCCAUGAGAGUGAUCGUGUCCGUGGUGGUUGCCUUCCUGCUUUGUUGGACGCCGUACCACAUCGCGGUGAUGGCCGACACUUUCUUCAGGUCAAAGGUAGUGCCGUACCAGUGCCCAGCAAGGAUGGCAGUGGAUCAGGCCAUGUUUGCCACCCAGAGCCUGGGGCUGCUCCACAGCUGCGUCAACCCGGUGCUGUAUGCUUUCGUGGGAGAGAAGUUCAGGAGGAAUCUGUUUCAGAUCAUGAAGAAGAUCGGCGUCCUGAAGAGAACGUCGGUGACGAGAAGCAGCAGGUCUUCACUGUCGUCGGAAAUCACAUCCACGUUCAUGUGAGAACACCCAAGAGACACGUUUGAACUACUCCCAUUAAUGAACCACAACUGAAGGAUCUCACAUGCUGGACAACAAAGUAAUAUUUUUGAUACUGCAUUUUUAUCGCAACUCAUUUUUGGUGGGAAACUCAAUCAUUUAAAAUAAAAAAAAAAAAAAUGAAAUUUGCCUACAGUUUACCUAAAUUUGUACAUAUUUUUUCAUACUUUUCUCUAUUUUUUCAUCAUAUUGAACUUGGUUUACUAUUUUAUGUCUUAGCUAUCUAUUUCUACUUGCAUGUUUUUGUAUUUUUUUAUAUAUACACAUAUUUAAAUGAGCAUUGUUGGCGGGAGCCAAAGUUCAAAACUUUUGAUUGCCAACCAUUGCUUCUCUGCAAUUUUUGUGUACGUGACAGUAAAGUAUUUAAAAGUUGGUUCAACCCUGUCCCGGCAAUGUUGUUUCAAGUAAAAAUCCCCUCUCUUACCUCAGUCAGGUCUAGUUCUGAGGAAACUGUGGCAAACAUGUUUGUCAAGUUUCAGCAUGAGACUAUAUUUCCAAACAAUAGUACUAUGAAAGAAAGAAACAAAACUAGAAAAACAAAACAAGAAACAAUAUAAAUAAAAAAAAAAAAAAAAAAAAACGUUAUGUGAAUGUGUAUGCUCUUGUAUAUGUAUGUGUGUGCGUGCGUGUGCAUAUGGAUGCACUACAACCUAUAUCAAGCCAUUGAAAUACUUCAUUAUUUUAUCUAAUAUGUGUUUGGGAUAUAUUUUCUUCCACUUUUCUAAGCUAUUACUAGCUAUGAAAGUGAGCUUUUCCAUUUCUAAUACUUGUUCUAUUGUGUUAUACCAUAGAUAUAAUUCUGGUGCUUUUGGUUGUUUCCAUGUCCUUGUCAGUUGUUUCAGUGCAGUAAGACGUAGCAUAUUAAAAAUAUUUAGAUCCUUCGCUUUUAUCUUACAUUGUAUGUUAAUACCUAAACAAAUUUCUAACGUCAGGGAUUCUUUAAUAUCUAUAAUUUCUUUCAUGGCCUUUUCUACCGCUUCCCAAAAGCUCUUUAUUACUGGAAAUGUAAAGAAUAUAUGCGUAUGAUUUGCUGUAUUUUCCCCGCAUUCUCUCCAGCAACCAGCUCCUGCUGCUGGAGACAUUUUUCCCAUGAUAUGAGGUGUAAUAAAAAAUCUCUGACUUAUUUUCCAA